AAUGAGUUUAAUAGUGUUAUUCGCAUUAUUCAUUUUUGGUAAUUGCGAUUAAAAGGAAGCAGGAUUGUAGAAAGUGAAAGUUUAAGUAGCUACAGUAUUGGAUGGAUAUUAUAAAGAAUUCGAUGGAGUAUUGUGUUAUUCAGAGAAAUAUAAUUAAUUUGUGAUUUAUCAUGAGAGAUCUAAAGCUAAAAGUAAUUGAUAAUUACAAUGUUUUAGAUUUAAAGGAAUUAUUUCCUGAGACUGAUUUCUUUUUGUAAUUUGGAAUGAAUGGAAAUGCAGUAGGAUUAAGUCUCUAGAAUUUUGUUCCAUAAAUAAUAAUUAAUGAAGAGCAAUUUAAGAGUGUAGUAUUGACAGUAAAACCUGAAGUAAAGAAAGGUAAGAGAGUAUAUAUAUAAUUUAUUAGGGACUACUUUAUAAAUUGCUUUUGUAUCAGCAGAUUACGAAGGUGAACAAGAGAGAUUUAUUAAUCUUUUAGAGAAUGGAAUAAGUACUUAUAAACCAAUCAGUGAAACUCAAUUGAAUUUUGCAGCAAUGCAAUUUGAGCAUAAGUUUAUAUAAUAUGUGAAAAAGAUGCAUGAUGAGUUGUGAU